CCCCUACUCGUAUAUUCAGUCUGUGUCAGUGAGCGUUUUAGAGUGGACGUGCUGUGUUCUCUCGGCGAUUCCAUCACUGAAAGUCGAUUUGUUCCGGAUUUCUGAUCAUUGCGAUGCCUCCCUUCUCCAACGUCACCUAGAGGACUGAUCAAUAGAGUGUAGACAGUGACACAGUUGUCAAUAAGCUGUUAGGGAUUUAUGGACAAACUAGGUCUUUUACGGCUCCCAAAUCGAAGUUUUAAUUUUACAUUUUAACUGUGAUAAUAAUUGAACAAUUGAAGAAAGUCUGUAUCUUUCUAACCCUUCGGAACAAAAGUGUACCUGUAUUUUAGAUCUGUUUGAUUUCGUUUUUCUUAUUAAGUUCCAAAAUUAUUUAUACAUCAGUUGUGAGGACUUCUCAACAACCAGUUUUUAUUGUUUUCUUUUUACGCUGGGUUUUAUAGGAUAAGCAGCUGUGAUAAAAGCAUUACUAACUUUACCGACCAACGUCAUUCGUAUAUUUAUUUAUUUAUAUUUUAGCCCCAUAGUGCGUUUUAAACUGUUUAAAGUGUAGCGUAUGUUGGAAAAGUGACUGACUGCAGAUAGGUAUUAUAUCGAUUUUGCCGAAAUCCUUAGUGACCUUGUGCGUUCUUGACUAGAGCAUCGAGGAUGGCUCUCUGGUAGUCUGGUUCUAUGUUCCCGCGCCACACUUGCUACUCGUACGACAUGACAGGGAAGGGGUACGGUGAUAACUUGAGUCAGGUAACACUGACAGGAUUCCUCCACAGCGGCGAGGACACGCCGCCAUCUAAGGGAAGGAAGCAAGACCAUGGACACGUCAAUGGCAGUUUCGAAAUGCCGACAGAGGACUUCCCCAACAACGGUUUAUCGGGAAGUGUAUCUGUGACGUUGGGUGACGAGCACUGUCCCGGCAGGAAUGGCAGACCCCUGGACUCCAUCCUGGGCUACUGCGCACACCGCGCUAGGCGAGCCUGCACGCGGAAAAACCUCUACAAGCGAGUCCCUAUCCUGGGCUGGCUUCCCCACUACGACACUGGGUCGGCUGUCAGUGACCUCGUAGCCGGCGUAACAGUCGGCCUUACCGUCAUCCCUCAAGGCAUCGCUUACGCCAACGUAGCAGGGCUGCCACCCCAGUACGGUCUCUAUUCCUCCUUCAUGGCGUGCUUCAUCUACGCAAUCUUCGGCAGUUGUAAGGAUUCUCCCAUCGGACCGACAGCCAUCAUGGCUAUUCUGACUAGGGAGAAUCUACACAACAUGGGACCUCAGGGAGCAGUCCUACUAUGUUUUCUCACAGGCUGUGUUCAGCUGCUCAUGGGUGUUCUGCAACUGGGUUUCCUGAUAGAUUUCAUCUCCGGACCUGUGUCAGUUGGAUUUACCUCAGCCGCCGCCAUCAUAAUCGCCACCACCAUGCUCAAGGAUCUCCUGGGACUCCAAUUCGCUGCCAACAGUUUCCUGGAGACACUGGAGGCUGUGGUCGCUCACCUGGGGCAGACUAGGGUCUGGGAUGCCGUUCUCGGUGUCACUUGUAUGGCUGUCCUUCUGUUCCUGAGGAAAAUCAAGGAUUUGCCGGUGGGCCCUGCAGAUGUCAACAAGAGGACACGCGCACAGAGCUGCCUUGCACAUGGACUAUGGUUUAUCUCCACUGCACGAAAUAUCCUGGUCGUGUUGGCAUGUGGAGUCAUGUCCUACGUCUUUGAGCUGCACGGCACUGCUCCUUUUGUCCUUUCAGCCCACGUGAAGGGAGGUCUCCCGACCUUUCAGCCUCCGCCAUUCUCUGUGACAACCAACAACGUGACCCAUAGCUUCCUGGACAUGACUUCCAGCUUCCAGUCGGCCAUCAUCGUCCUUCCCCUCUUGUCUAUCCUGGAAAACAUCUCACUUGCCAAAGUCUUCUCGGAGGGACGAAGUAUCGACGCUACCCAAGAAAUGCUCGCCUUGGGUCUCUGUAACUUCUUCUCUGCCUUUGUCGGAUCAAUGCCCGUCUCUGGGGCUCUCAGCAGAGGUGCAGUCAACAAUGCCAGUGGAGUUAAAACCACUUGUGGUGGUAUCUACACUGGUAUCUUAGUGUUGCUGUCACUGUACUUCUUCACCCCCUACUUCCACUACAUUCCCAAGGCUGCCUUGGCUGCAGUCAUUAUUGCAGCUGUUGUCUUCAUGGUGGAGUUCCAUGUGAUCAAGCCAAUCUGGAGGACUAACAAAAUGGACUUGAUCCCAGCUGCAGCCACCUUUAUCAGUUGUCUGCUUAUAAGGUUGGAACUCGGUAUCGUCAUCGGGAUCUCAAUCAACGUUAUAGGUCUCUUGUACGCAUCUGCAAGACCUUCCGUUCAUGUAGAGAAACAUAGGACAGACUGGGGUUGUGAGUAUCUCAUGAUCACGCCGGACAGAAGUCUUGUCUUCCCCUCUGUAGAAUAUGUACGCAGCACUGUACGCAAGAUAGGAGUAAAGCAUGGCUCCAGUAGCAUACCAGUUGUGAUUGACAGCAGGCACGUGCAAGGUGUUGACUUCACUGCUGCUAAGGGAGUAAAGUCACUCAUAGAUGACUUUGUAUUCCGCAACCAACCACUGCUCUUCUACAACCUCAAACCCAGCGUUGUAGAAGUGUUCCAGGCUAUGCAACCCGUCAAGUUCCUGCACUGCGACACUGAGCAGCAGUUACACAGCCUGCUCAGAGGUCAUUGUGCGAAAACAACUCCACCUCAAAUUCAGUGAAAAUUAAGGACAAUUAACGGACAAAUAGUGACAUAAUUUACUCUAAGACUCGUAAACUUUUGUAACUAUAACGAAUAUUGUGAUUUAGCUUAACUUUAAAUUAGUUUAAUGUAACGAUUAGUGAAAACAGUAUUUAUUUGUUAAUUAAAUAUUUUAUGUUUGA